UGAGCCUGAGACGUGAACCGGAAGUGUAAAGGAAAAUUCUGUCACUGUGGGUCUGUGGAUCAGAGAGGUCGGAGGGAAGCUGAGGCUCGUUUUCAUAUUUCAUAUUGAUGGCAGUCAGAGAGAGUCGAGAGGGAUAAUAAAGCUUCUCAAUAUGGGAGAUGAUGGCAUGGACUACAACAUAGUUUUUCCGGAGCCCGAGGUCUCAGAGAAAUACUGGUGCAGAUCGAAGCAACCAGUCGUUAUCCUUUUAGGCUGGGCUGGCUGUCGAGACAAGCAUCUCUCAAAGUACAGCUCGAUUUAUAACGAACAGGGAUGUGUAACUGUCCGCUACACAGCCCCCUUGAAGACGGUGUUCAUCUCCGAAUCAUUUGGCUACAAGGAGCUCCGCAGCACAGCACACAAACUGCUUGAAAUCCUGUACGACUACGAGGUGGAGAACAACCCGAUCUUCUUCCAUGUUUUCAGCAACGGUGGCUUCAUGCUCUACCGCUACAUGGUGGAGCUCCUGCAAAGCCACAAGCAGUUCAGCUCACUCUAUGUGGUGGGUUCAGUGCUGGACAGUGCGCCCGGGAGCCAGAACGUCAUCGGCGCCGUACGUGCUCUCAAAACCACGCUGGGCACAAAAGUCAACAUCCUGCUGCGCUGUCUUCUCUUGACUCUGUUCGCUGUGAGUGUGGUCCUGCUCAGAGUCGUCUUAUACCCCGUGACCAAACACUUCCACAAGAACCACUAUGACGCCAUGAUGGAGCGUCCGGCGCCUUGGCCUCAGAUGUACCUCUACUCCAGAGCAGACCGAGUGAUCAGGUAUAGAGACGUCGAGAAGAUGGUUAAAUCACUGCAGGAGAAAGGGGUGCACGUGGAGAGCUUCGACUUCAUCACACCGGCUCAUGUGAGUCUGUUCCGAGACUGUCCGGAAGAUUAUUCGAACAGGUGCCGGACUUUCCUGAAGAGCUGCAUGACUAACUCUGAGGAGACGUUAAUGAAGAAACGCCUGUGAACGUGUAACACUGAUUGUAUGAUAGGGUCGGGCGAUAUGGCAAAAAAAGAUACGACUUCAAGAUAUUGUCAUGAUGCGUAAUAUGUAUCACGAUACUUAAGCGCCAGCAAAAUAGUAAAGCAGUUUAAAAAACGUGAUUUCAGUGCUAAAUUUCUUUCUAGAAAUUAAAUUAACAUGGAAAAGGAAGAACAAAUGAAAUGUUCAUUAACAAAAUAAAUGAUGAUAUCCUGUUAGCUACUGAUUACUGCUAUUAACCUUGGAGCUGGUCAGUGUUAGAAAAAUAUUAGCACAAUAUCUAAGAAAAUUGUAUUUUUCCUGUAAUUUAUGACAAUAUUGAUAGUGUAUCGUCAUAUUGCCCAGACCUACCAUAUUGUGUUCUUACUUAAUAUUUUAAGUGAUCUGAAACUACUGUAAUGUGUAUAAAAUCCCUAACCCUCUGUGUAAAUAGUACUGUUUGACCUAAUAUAAGUUUGUAUAAGGUUAGACUGAAGUGUUUCAGUCGGUAUUUGUCUGGUAAUGUGAAUUGAAAGCUUUUAAUUUAAGAUUAUUUUAAAUCUACUAAACAUCCUCGACCUGUUUAUAACUUAUGUGCCUUCCUGAAAUAAAGACUCAUUUCAUUGGACUAAUCA